UAUUCAUGCCCACCGGUGUCGUACGUUUUGCAGAAUCACCAUGGCGUCUGUAUUGAAAGAGACCGUAGGACUAUAUGAAACGUUAAAAGCUGAAUGGAAUAAGAAAAACCUGAAUUUAAACAAAUGUGGAGAAAUACUGAGCAAACUCAAGAUUUCUCUUUUGGAACUCAAUUUCUUACCAACCACUGGGACCAAACUCACAAAACAGCAGCUUAUCUUGGCCCGCGAUGUGCUGGAGAUUGGAGCUUUGUGGAGCAUCCUGAAGAAAGACAUCCCCUCCUUUGAACGAUACAUGGCUCAGCUGAAGUGUUAUUAUUUUGAUUACAAGGAUGAGUUGCCAGAGUCAGCCUACAUGCACCAGCUGCUGGGUCUAAAUCUGCUCUUCCUGCUCUCCCAGAACAGAGUAUCUGAGUUUCACACAGAGCUAGAGAGACUCAGUGCUAAGGACAUCCAGACUAAUGUCUACAUUAGACACCCAGUUUCAUUAGAGCAGUACCUGAUGGAAGGCAGUUACAACAAGGUCUUUCUUGCAAAAGGAAACAUCCCUGCUGAGAGUUACACAUUCUUCAUAGACAUUCUUCUUGACACUAUUCGUGAUGAGAUUGCAGGAUGUAUAGAGAAAGCAUAUGAGCAGAUUCAGUUCAACGAGGCCACAAGGGUGCUUUUCUUCUCCUCCCCAAAAAAGAUGACAGAAUAUGCUAAGAAAAGAGGCUGGACACAGAGCCCUGAUGGUUACUACUCCUUCAGCUCCCAGCAACAGCGGACAGAGGAGGUGACCAUCCCUUCCACAGAGCUGGCCCAGCAAGUCAUUGAAUAUGCAAGACAGCUUGAGAUGAUUGUGUAAUGCAGUGACAGAUGAGCCCACUUCACUGCCCUCAACACACACACACACACACACACACACACACACACUCUCUUUGUAUGUAUACAUAAUAAUCCAUUGGGCUCAAGCCACAUUUAAACCCCCAAAGCAUCAUUUAGAUGGCGGAGCGCUAAAGUCAUACACACAGACACAGAGACAGAAAAGGAUUACUUUACACUUUGCCACAGUGAAUGAUUCUCAAAACUGUCAUCAUUUAUUAUACACUUGUGCCUGCAUGACCUGACAUUGGUUGGUCUUUCUCUCUGUGUAUCUGUGUUUGUGUGUAUGUAUGUGAGCUGUAAUGUAAAAUGUGGUGUUUUCAAUAAAGUUCUUGCAUCACAGAGGCAUAAUUUUAUGAGUUUCAAGUAAAGUGACGACACAUCUUGGUAUAGUCAGUUGUUUAUAUGUUGCCAUUUGAUCAUGGUUUUUGUAUUAUUUUAAUGAUAAAGCAGAUGUGAAGGGACUGUGAUUUUGACUGUUUGCAAGUUUGAAUUUUGUCAGAAGCCAAAAACUCAUUGACCUGCUUGUUGUUGCCCUCAGAGUGUUUUCAGAAUUACUACGCUUUUAGAUGCCCCUGCCUUGUAUCCUAGCAACUGAAAGAGGGUUGCUGUGAAAGUUGGUGGGUAUUUUUUAAUUGGUCAUUUCUUGUACCCA